AAUGAAAUUCUCAUUGUUCAUCAGACAGCGCAGAACGUUUUUGAAAGUAUUAAAGGUUAUAACAAAAAGUUGCAGGAAGUAAAGGACCAUUAUUCUGUCGCUUUGCAAACAAGUCUAACAAUUCAUCGUGAUCGUCGCCGUUUUCUUCGUGGAACAUUACGGGAACUUUGCUUACUAAUCAAAGAUCAAAUAGGUCUUUUGGGUCCAAAAAUUUUGUUCGUUUGGAUGGCUCUUUCAUUUUCACGAGACGAAGUGUUGUGGCUGCUCAGGCAUAUCGAUAUUUGGCCAGUGAGUAGUGGUAAAAAGGCGAAACAUGCUGAUGAAGUGAUCGAUAAACAGCUGCCUGAAUUGUUACACUAUAUUUUGGAGCUUCGCAGUUUGGUGCAACAGCAUGAAGGCGUUAUUCAGCGGUACUAUUCGCAGUAUGUCACUGGCUACGAUGCGUUGGUUUUAACAGAUAUCGUACAGUCAGUGGAAAAAUUGGAUGAAAAAGAAUCUGUCCUGUUAUCCGAUUUCUGUGCCGAUUUGUUGCGUAUCAGCAAUCAAACCAUGGAUCUGCGUGGUCUGCGUCUGGACUGGUUUCGCUUCCAAGCCUACGUCAGUAUUGGGCGUUCAUCGUUUUCGCUGAGCAGUGAUCGCCGCUUGGCAGUUACAAUGAAUACGACCGUUUUUCACUUGAAAAUGAUUGAUCUGCUUGAUGAAAUGCUUCGCGAAACAAGCGAUCUGUCGAUUUAUUGGUUCGUUUGA